AUGUCUACGAUACCGCCGUCCGCCCUGCAGUCUGCCCAGCCACCCCUGGUCCCUCUGGGGUUCAACUCGAAGCAACCCGAAAAAGUCACGCUUUACCCUCUCUCUAACUAUACGUUUGGCGUCAAAGAGACCCAGCCGGAAGAGGAUCCCUCUGUCAUUGCGCGUUUAAAACGGCUUGAGGAACACUUCAACGAGCAUGGCAUGCGCCGCACGUGCGAAGGCAUUCUUGUUUGCCACGAGCAUAACCACCCUCACAUUCUCAUGCUGCAGAUAGCCAAUGCGUUCUUCAAGCUCCCCGGCGACUACCUCAGGCCCGAAGAUGAGGAGGAGGAAGGCUUCAAGUCUAGGCUAGACGAGAGACUGGCCCCGGUGGGUCGGAUAGGUGAAGGUGAAGAAGCUGGUGAUUGGGAAGUUGGGGAAUGCCUUGCGCAAUGGUGGCGUCCCAACUUCGAGACCUUCAUGUAUCCGUUCAUCCCAGCCCACGUCACUCGGCCCAAGGAAUGCAAGAAGCUGUACUUUAUUCACUUGCCGAAAACCAAGGUUUUGAGCGUCCCUAAAAACAUGAAGCUUCUUGCAGUACCGCUAUUCGAACUAUACGAUAACACCGCCCGUUAUGGUCCACAACUAUCGGCUAUUCCGCACCUUCUCAGUCGUUACAACUUUGAAUUUGUCGACGAGAUUGGCAACGUCGUAGCCAUGACUCCCGGAGUUGCUCCACCCGAUGGCUACGUGCCGAAAACAAAAGUCUUGGCCGGCGACGAUACGGACAUGAAGGAGGAGAAUGGGACGCUGUAG